AUGAUGUGCCAUAGCCGACUGGGCGCCGUGUGGGUGUUGCUGGCCGCCGCUGCCGCCGUCGACCUGUACGAGUUGCCACCAGAAUUUAACAACGAGCUCAUGUACCAGGACGCCAACGACAUAGACACGGACACGGGUCCGCUCAGACACCUACUCCCGGACGACACGGAGACGACACGACUCAACGACCUGCUGCUGUUCAGACUGAUCAAGUCGCAUCUGCGAGGGUUACGGACGGAGCACAGAAUGCAUAAAGACGCGCCAACGGGAGACAUCCCAAUGUUGGGUGAUUCGAACAUGGCGAAGAGAUUCUUCUUAGGCGUGAGACCACAACAGCGGUGGAAAUCUAAGAAGGGGAAAGUUAUAGGAUCGCAAAUGGUGUGCUACUUCAAGCUGUGUGCGUUCAGAAAUCCCGCAUAAGACGACCCCAUGACACCGAUUUUCUAUUA